CCAACCAACCGCUUGACCAGGGCCCCAUCUCCACUCUAUUGAAGUAUAAUGAAGUUUAGAAUAUUUGGUGAGUGGGAUAAGUGGGAAAAGCAAAAUCCAAAUGAAUUCCCCUACUCACUUUUUAUUCCACUGUAAUUCUGUUAUUCUCUCCUCAACUCAUUAAAAUCCUACCACUACCUAACGAGUUGGUUUGACCUUGGAGUGCUUCUCCUUACCAAAUCUGUUUCUAAGUAUUACCCUAGCUUGGCAGUUCAGAAUUUCACUCUUUAGGUUCCACAUUUCAGUAGAUUAAGCAGCAUAGAUGAUAAGAUAAAAUAUGGCGUGUUCACGCCUAACCUUUUUGUUUUUCAUAGUUCAGUGUACAUGGGUCAACUGGGUAUUUGGGUUAGGAUUUAAAAGAAAAUUAUGUCGAUAUUUUUGUGCAGAAUCUUUUGGGGAGGAGCCAAUUUUCCUGUCAUUACAUAAAUGGAUAGCAAGAUGGAAAUAUAAAAUGGGGCUGCGACUAAGAGAAGAGCUAUCUGAGCUGAAGAUGGCCAAGUUAAAGGGAUGGAAGUACUUCAGGCGCUUGUCUGUCUGCUCAACAAAAAGUAUGCUUCUCAAAGUCACUUCACACUUCGGAUUCAAACCCAAGGGGUUCAGGAAUGAGCUUCUUGAUCUUUACAAGGACAUGGAAUCUUGUGGGGAAUAUGAAGAUAUAAAAGUGAUGUGGAGAAUGAUUCAAUCUUCUUCUCCUCAGUACGCCCACAUCACAAGGAAGAAUGAUAGGUCUCCUUCAUAUUGGCUCCUAUGUUUUACGCCAACUUGAAUUGUUUGGCUCAUAGUAAACAAGCCAUCCCAGAUUCUCUGCGUGAAUCAAGUGUUGGUUCUCUGUAGAAUAUGGCGGUGGUUCAGAGCGUGUUUGGCAGGAAGGAAUAUGGAAAUAGUGGAAAAGGGAAAGAAAAAAAAUGGAAUUGGCAAUUUUCGAGUUGGUAACGUCAUCAGUUUUGUUGCAAUGGGUAACUUUAGGAACAGAUAGUGAAAUAUCAGGAUCGUGAAACCUAUAUUUGUGUUUUUCCGAAUGUUAAGUCUGGCAUAAAUUACUUACUGUGCCACUUCCACCAGGCACCUUCA